CUCUCAAGCACCAACCCUCCCCAGCUUAACCUGUGCAAAGGCAACCUGAGCUCCGCCUCCGAGAGGCGCCCUGGCCUGGCCUCUUUCUCUCCCCCCCCCCCAGUCCGGAGAUGGGCGGAGAGGCUGCGGCCCCAUCUGGGAGGGAGGAGCGUGGCGAGCAGAUCGGGGCGAGGAGGGGCGCUGCUGCCUGGCAGGCAGGCAGGCAAGAUCGGGGCUUCCCGGGGAAGAAGGGAGGAACAACGAUGGCAGAACAGAGGCUUGUGGUACCCAGAGAAGCGGGGACUGAGAAUGAGGGGAGAGACCCUGUCAUUGUUCAAGUCAGGACCACGGGGGACUGCUUGACCAGCAACGGCCCAUCCCACGUUAAGCUGGAGUCACAGGAGGAAAUCCACCAAUGCUGGGACUCUCAUCUGCAGAACUUCCUGAAAAGGGUGGCUGAGCUUCCCUCAGCAUUGCCUCCCUUGGAGGAAGAUGCCACAGACCCCCAGGCCCCCCUGGGGAGAGACAAAGAGGAUCUGCAGGAGGAGAAUUCUGGGUGGUCCAGAGGGGAACCCAUGCUCCAAAUGGAUCCGAACAUCAGUGGGAAAGCCUGGAUGGACAGGGAAAAGCUGGAUUUCUGCAUGAAAGUGCAAGUGGAAGAGACUUUGAAGGAAGUUGAUCUGGGAAGCCAGUGGCCUCUACAGCUCAGGCAGUUCGGUCCCCAGGAUGCUCAACAGCACCAGGAGGUAUCCAAUCCCGAAAAAGAGGGAAAGGGGAACACUCCCUCUGCAAGAGAAAACUGUAUUUGCUCAGAGUAUGGGGAAUUGGGUUGGAAAACAAAGCUGAUGAAGCACAUGAGAAUCCACACAGCAGAGAAGUCAUAA